AUGUUGCUACCGUCAUAUUUCAAUGGACAUACGGACGUACUGGUCUAUCAAAUAAAUAAAUAUUAUGUUGAACGAGUACAAAAUCGCGUGUUAGAAGUGCAAUCCUCAAUACAGGACGUAUGUAAAAUAGUACAAAAUAUAUUAAAAGAAGUCGAGUUACAGGAGCCGCGAUUUGUGUCAUCACUGACUGAGUGCAAUGGUAAAUAUGAGGGGUUAGAAGUGGUAACACCGUGUGAAUUUGAGGUGGUCCUCUAUUUAAAUCAAAUGGGUGUAUUUAAUUUUGUGGAUGACGGCACCCUACCAGGUUGUGCUGUACUCAAGCUGAGCGACGGUCGCAAACGUUCAAUGUCACUGUGGGUUGAAUUUAUAACUGCAUCAGGUUAUUUAUCAGCCAGGAAAAUACGAUCGCGUUUUCAGAGUCUAGUGUCACAGGCUUGCGAUAAAUGUAAGUAUGGAGAGACUGUUAAAGUAAUCAGUGAUACCACGGAUGUUAAACUGAAAAUACGCGAGCGUUUUGUCGUCCAAAUAACCCCGGCGUUUAAGUGCACGGGAGUUUGGCCGCGAUCGGCUUCUCAGUGGCCAUCGACGUCUGCCCAAAAUAACGCAACUGGACUCUGGCCUUACAACAACUUGAUUGCUGAUGUAAAGACAGAGGGUUUCGAUUUGCUGUCAAAAGACAGCAUAAUUUUUCAACAGAGCAAACAGUCUGCUCUAGAAGGCGAUGCGUGGAUUUUGUCUUUCACGAAAGCUGAGCUAAGACUACUGAAAGGCGGGUACAGACACAGAUGUCUCAGUAUUUUGAAGACUUUGAGAGACAGACAUCUAGACUUGCCAGGUAAUCCGGUCACGGGUUACCAUAUCAAGACUUUGCUGCUCUAUGAAUGCGAAAAACAUCCGCUGGAGACCGAGUGGGAUGAAAAUUGUGUUGGGGACAGAAUUGUUGGGAUUUUGGUGCAAUUAAUAUCAUGCUUACAGUGUCGCAAGUGCCCCCAUUACUUUUUGCCAAGUCUUAAUUUAUUCAAGGGAAAAUCGGCCAGUGCGCUUGAAGGUGCGUCUAAACAAGUUUGGAGAGUUGUCAGAGAAUUGGUCACCAAUUCUCGUGCACUUGAGACUUUAUAA